UGUUGUAGGUGCUUGGGUUUCUAAUUCUUGGCCUUGGUAUAUGGGCUGCCUUAGAGAAGGGUGUUGGUGAUGUUAUGGAUUAUCUUGACCUACUCACAGAUCCAGCAAUUGUACUUAUUGUGACUGGUGGGAUUAUUUUCAUCUUGGGUUUUGCAGGAUGUGUUGGUGCUCUCAGAGAAAACACUUUUCUACUUAUGUUUUUCUACCUCGUGCUCAUUAUUGUGUUGAUACUUGAAGUGGUGGUUUUCAUUGUAGCAAUUGUUUUCACCCAGCAGACAUAUGCCAAGGUGGAUACAGUAAUAGAAAGAGCAAUAAUCAAUUAUCGAGAAGAUCUGGAUUUGAGGAAUUUAAUUGAUUUUAUACAGAUGGAGAUCAACUUUUCACCAGUAUUAUGUAGUCUAUCAUCUUGGUUCUUCAGCAAAGGAUUAUGGGUAAAGUAUGACAUCAUACCCACUGUUGACAGAAUUGAGAAAAUGAUUUCAUCUAUAACUUCAAAAGCUGAACUUCAAAUUAGCUGA